GAAGAUGAGGAAGAAGACUCUAGCAAUGUUGAUUUGCCUUACAUUCCUGCUGAAAACUCACCUACCCGCCAGCAGUUCCAUUCCAAGCCAGCAGAUUCUGACAGUGAUGAUGACCCCUUGGAGGCAUUCAUGGCUGAGGUGGAGGAUCAGGCGGCUAGGGACAUGAAGAGGCUUGAAGACAAGGACAAGGAAAGAAAAAACGUGAAGGGUAUUCGAGAUGACAUUGAAGAGGAAGAUGACCAAGAAGCUUAUUUUCGGUACAUGGCAGAAAACCCAACUGCUGGCGUGGUUCAGGAGGAGGAGGAAGAUAAUCUGGAGUAUGACAGUGAUGGGAAUCCAAUUGCACCAUCCAAAAAAAUCAUUGAUCCUCUUCCCCCCAUUGAUCAUUCAGAGAUUGACUAUCCACCAUUUGAAAAAAAUUUUUACAAUGAGCAUGAAGAGAUAACCAACCUCACUCCACAGCAGUUAAUAGAUCUCCGGCAUAGGCUCAAUCUUCGGGUCUCUGGUGCUGCACCUCCUAGACCAGGAAGUAGUUUUGCACAUUUUGGGUUUGAUGAGCAGCUUAUGCACCAGAUUCGGAAAUCUGAGUACACACAGCCCACUCCGAUACAGUGUCAGGGUGUGCCUGUGGCAUUAAGUGGUAGAGACAUGAUUGGUAUUGCCAAAACAGGCAGUGGGAAAACUGCAGCCUUUAUAUGGCCCAUGUUGAUUCAUAUAAUGGACCAGAAGGAACUGGAACCAGGAGAUGGCCCGAUUGCAGUGAUUGUGUGUCCUACGAGGGAGCUUUGCCAGCAGAUCCAUGCAGAAUGUAAGCGGUUUGGGAAAGCAUAUAAUCUUCGAUCAGUGGCCGUCUAUGGAGGAGGAAGCAUGUGGGAGCAGGCCAAGGCCCUUCAGGAAGGGGCAGAGAUUGUUGUGUGUACCCCAGGCCGGCUGAUCGAUCAUGUGAAGAAGAAAGCUACCAAUCUUCAAAGAGUCUCUUACCUUGUGUUUGAUGAAGCCGAUCGAAUGUUUGACAUGGGUUUUGAGUACCAGGUGCGAUCCAUAGCAAGUCAUGUCCGUCCUGACAGACAGACUCUCUUAUUCAGUGCAACUUUUCGAAAGAAGAUUGAAAAACUGGCCAGAGACAUCUUGAUAGAUCCUAUUCGAGUGGUGCAGGGAGAUAUUGGAGAGGCAAAUGAAGAUGUGACCCAGAUCGUGGAGAUUCUCCAUUCGGGGCCUAGUAAAUGGAACUGGCUCACCCGACGUCUGGUGGAGUUCACCUCUUCAGGAAGUGUCCUCUUGUUUGUUACUAAAAAAGCCAAUGCUGAAGAGCUGGCCAAUAACCUUAAACAGGAAGGUCAUAAUCUUGGGCUGCUCCAUGGGGACAUGGAUCAGAGUGAAAGAAACAAGGUCAUUUCAGACUUUAAGAAAAAGGACAUCCCAGUCCUGGUGGCCACAGAUGUUGCAGCCCGUGGUCUGGAUAUUCCUUCGAUUAAGACUGUCAUUAACUAUGAUGUGGCACGAGACAUUGAUACCCAUACUCAUAGGAUUGGCCGCACGGGUCGAGCGGGUGAGAAGGGUGUGGCCUAUACUUUGCUGACCCCCAAAGACAGCAACUUUGCUGGUGACCUUGUCCGGAACUUGGAAGGGGCCAAUCAGCACGUUUCCAAGGAACUCCUAGACCUGGCAAUGCAGAAUGCCUGGUUUCGGAAAUCCCGCUUCAAAGGAGGAAAAGGCAAGAAACUGAACAUCGGUGGUGGAGGCCUCGGCUACCGGGAGCGGCCUGGCCUGGGCUCUGAGAACACGGACCGAGGAAAUAACAAUAAUGUAAUGAGCAAUUAUGAGGCCUACAAGCCCUCUACAGGGGCCAUGGGGGAUCGGCUGACGGCAAUGAAAGCAGCUUUCCAGUCACAAUACAAGAGUCACUUUGUUGCUGCCAGCCUAAGCAAUCAGAAGGCUGGAAGCUCUGCUGCUGGGGCAAGUGGAUGGACUAGUGCAGGGAGUUUGAAUUCUGUUCCAACCAAUUCAGCCCAACAAGGCCACAGCAGCCCUGAGAGCCCCCUUGCCAGUGCUGCCAAGAGCAUCCCAGGCUUUGGCAACACUGGGAACAUCAGCAGUGCCCCAGUGACCUACCCUCCUGCUGGAGCCCAGGGAGUCAACAACACACCUUCAGGGAAUACCAGCCGAGAAGGGAUUGGGGGAGGCAAUGGGAAGAGAGAGAGAUACACUGAGAACCGGGGUGGCAGCCGCCAUAGUCAUGGAGAGAGUGGCAAUCGGCAUGGUGACAGCCCACGUCAUGGAGAUGGUAGUCGCCAUGGAGAAGGAUACCGCUACCCAGAAAGCAGCAGCCGUCACACUGAUGGCCAUCGGCACGGGGAGAACAGGCAUGGAGGAAGUGGAGGCCGACACGGGGAAAGUCGGGGUGCAAAUGAUGGUCGGAAUGGUGAAAGCAGGAAAGAUAGUUGUAAUCGUGAGAGCAAGAUGGACCCCAAGGUGGAUGGCAGCAAGAUGGACAAGAUAGACAGCAAGACAGAUAAGACAGCUGAUGGUUUUGCUGUCCCUGAGCCACCCAAACGCAAGAAGAGUCGAUGGGACAGUUAGAGGGUAUGUGCUGAAACGUGAAGUCAAUUGUUAAUUUUUUAUUUUUAGAAAGAUCUUGGUGUCUCAGGGCUGGGUUGGGGCACAGGAUGUGAGGACUCCCUGCCCUUAGUAGAGUGCUGGAGCUUGAAGAUGUUAGCCUUUUGUCUAUUUUUCUGAUGUUUCCUUCAGAAGCUGCUUUGAUCCUCGGAGGCAGUGAGAAUGGGGAAGCUUGUGGCUCUGAGUGUACAGUCCUGCGGGUCAGUAGAGGACACCUUGGAAGGAAUGGGCCUCACUGGGCACAACACUCUACAUUUCUGUUAGCUUGUUUUCUACUAAAACAUCACCUUACAAACAUCUACAAGUAGAACUCGUCCCUAACUUUGUAGUCUGGCAGUCCCCUUUGUAGGAGUUGGCUUCUGCAAAUGCCCAUCGAGGCUAGGGAUGAGGUGGGAAGGCUCCAAACACUGCAGGGAGGGAGCCAUUAGAGCGGGGUGGGUGCUCAGCGGGCCCCCCUCCCCUAGGCUAGCUAGUAUCCAGUCCUGAGACACGUGAGCAGCACAGCCCUCAAGGCUUUGAGGAUCCUGGAGCUGCUUGGACUCAAGGGAGAAGCUGGUCCAGAAACUUUCCAGGAUUGUUCUGGUCUGAGAUGUUGUGAGUUAAAAAAUUUUAAAAACACAGAACAGCUUUUAAAAUGUCUCCUGCUUCUAUUCCAUUGUAUUUUUUUUAACUUGGCACAUGGUAGAAAGAUCUUUUGCUGAGAUGAUUUUGAUGAUUUUUGUUCUAUCUUGUUUAUACAAGGAAAAUAUACAAAAUUCCAAUUUUGUGACUUUGUGAAGGUUUCUUUAAGAUGUGCAUUCCUUUCUGCUUGCUCUAGUAAAUGUUUUACUACUGGGA